AAUCAACAUCAAUAAUCACACUAAUAACGUGUUGCAAUUAAAUAAGUGGAAAAAUUCUUUUAACUUAAAACUAAUAACAUAUAAGUAUGUAAUUAAUCAAAUUAGUAAUCAAACCAAGUGCUGUGUAGUCGCGUCGGUCAAAAUGUUUCCCAAGACUAAGUUAAAGUUAAUCCUAAGGAUAUUUGCCUUAGACUCUAGCUCACAAAAACCGAACACUAAACGUGUGCUUACUUCUUUUUCAAUGCUUACAAUUAUAGGAGUGUUUGUAAACAUUAUUUAUGGAUUUUCUCUUGAUGUGUUUGGUGAUGGUUUCAUUGUUUCAAGCCUCGCUACUUCGAUUGUAUAUAUAAGUGUGGUAAUAGGACACAUCACUGCCGUACUGGAGUCGUUAGUAAAACGAGAAGAGCAUAGUGAAUUCUAUGAAAAACUACACGAGCUGGAUGAUAUUUUUCGAUUUAAACUUGCUCAUAUGAUUCCAGUUACAGGGCAUCGUCGAAAGAUCACACGGAAAUAUUGUGCAAUUGCAUUCGUUGUGUAUUUAAGUCUUUGCUUGUAUAUCGGUUCAAUUCUCUCUCAUAAGUAUGAAGGAUUUUUCUGGUAUGGAAUCAUUUCCGUGGUUGUUUCGCGAAUGAGAUUUAUUCAAGCGAGCAUUUAUGUUGACCUGGUCAAUCUUCGUUUCCACCAUCUAAAUCUUCUUUUGGAACAAAUUGAUAGUUGUCGGUUACAACGGAAGUACCUUAUGUUGGAUGUGGAUUAUUGUGUGAUUGACAAUCCAAAAAGGAUUCUUGUUAUUAAAUCGAUUUACAGAAAACUCCAUGACUUAGUAAGCUGCUUAAAUGAUGUCUUUGGGUGGUCCGUAUUGACAUUAACUGUGUAUUAUUGCUUGGAUUUUACCUGUAACUGCUAUUGGCUUAUAUUGGCAUCAGAUCAAUAUUUGGCUUCAUACCACAAUUAUGAGUGUUUUUUCACUAUUAUCCCUAUUGGGUUGUUGAUGACGUCGUACUGUUACGUUUGUUCGGAAUGUAUUAGAAUGAGUGAUACAACAAAACGAUUAGUUCAAAAAAUGGUCGUUACAACACAAAACGAUCAUACCAAUGACUUGUUAGAUGCUUUUUUGUUACAAAUAAAUAAUCAACCAAUUUGUAUUCAUGCAAAAAUGUUCUUCCUAGUAAACUUGAAAUUACUGACGAGUAUUUGUACAUCAGUGCUUGGAUAUUUAGUGAUUUUGAUUCAAUUCCGGUUCACUGAAAAUGAGCUUUAA